AUGUCCAGAAUAAUUGGUUUUAUAAUUGAUGUCUUGGAAGCAAGGGAAGAGGUGAAACAUACACGCGGAAGGUUAACAAGUGGAGAUAAAUUGUUUUAUGGAAGAAGACAAAGACGUGAGUAUGCACGUAGUGACAGACACUUGGUGGACGUUAAUAGAUACAAUGAGAGGGAUAUGUGCAUGGGUACAAAUCGUGGAAGGUGUGGUCUUAGAGGACAAGAUUCGCAAUACCAUGUAAUGCAACAUGAUUCUCAUUACUUGGGAAGACCCAAUGAGGUAGAUGCAAGAUAUACUUUUCGUGAGAGGGAACAGGAAGCUCCACCGUAUAGGCAAGAAGGUCAAUACUAUACAAACGAGGGGAAACAACAAGGCCAAACUCAAGACAAUUGGAACUAUCGUUGA